GUCGUCACUCAAAACACGUGACGUCACUUCGCACUGGCCGCCGGAGUCACAGACGCUCCAACCGACUGGAGGGAUGUAAAAAAAUCUCUCUAUAUUUAUCUUCGUAUAUGUCUAGGUCCUAAAGAUAAAAGUACACAUAUUUCCGGUUCUAAGGGAGAACUUAAAACGAUAGCGGUGCGGGUAAAACGCCCAUUAAGCGACGUUGUCGGUUUGUUUCAGACGAUGUAGUAGCUCACGUUUUCGCGAGCUAGCUAGCGAGCGUUAGCAUUGCGCGCAUCGGGGUGCCCGGCUGAAUGUGAACACAAAGGCGGCGACGCCCGGACGCCUCCUGUCGGAACCAUGUACCCUUCGUGGGGGAACUAUGGGGCGCCCCAGUCGCAGAACUACGGAGCGCCCGGCCCGCGAAAGCUGCAGGUCGGAAGCCACACGGGGUCCCCGACGAGUUUCGGCUCCUUGCAGGCCCCGUCGAGCGGCUCCAUGUUCUCGAGCCUACAGGAGCAGCACCGCCAGCAGAUGCAGCAGCUCCAGAUGCUCCACCAGAAGCAGCUCCAGAACGUACUCCACCACGGCGGGCCCCCGGCGGCCUACGGCGCCGGCGGGCCCCCGGGUGGCUACUCUGCGCCGGCGUGGCAUUCGACGGAAGCGGCCCCGUUGGAUCGAAGCGGCGGGACGCAGUCGCACAUCAAGGGAGACGGCGUCGCGAUACCGCCGGAGCACUCGCAGCCUCCGCUUCCUCCGCAGCCGCACAAGAUCGACGCCAAACCGGCCCCUCCUCCGCCCGAGCAGCAGUCGGCGAAACCUCCGGAGGCCAACGCUGCUCCAAAAGCAAAGGACUCACUCGUGAAAGACAAGGACGGCUCCAAUCUGCAGGAUCAGCAGCAACUUUGGUACAAGCAGCAUCUGGAGAACCUGCAGAAGCUGAAGCAAGAGAGAGCCAAGCAGAAUGCAACUCACGCCGACCCCCCCAACAGCCACGCCGCGCAGCCGCCUCUUCCGUCCGAGCCCCCCAAAGGCGCGCCUCCUCCGCCCCCGCCCAAGGAAGAGCAACCGGCUCCGCCUCCACCACCCGAGCCGGACAACAAGCAGGACCCGGAGGAGGCGGCCCGACUCCGGCAGCUCCAGGCCGCGGCGGCUCAGUGGCAGCAGGUUCAGCAGCAGAGAGUCAGCUUGCACUAUCAGGCUCUCAUGCGGCAGCAUGAAAAGCUUCAGCAGAUACUCGAAAAGUAUCAGCCGCUCAUUCAGCAGCCCGCAAACCUCCAGGCGAUGUCAGCCGAGCUGCAGCUGAGGCAUUACGAAAUGCAGAAGCAGCAGUUCGCCCCUCUUUUCCAAGAGUGGGAGCUUACCUUCAGGCUGUGGUUCGAGCAGUUCCAAACCUACCCGCACAAAGACCAGCUGCAUGACUAUGAGAACCAGUGGAAGCAGUGGCAGGAUCAGAUGAAUGCUACCAACGCCCACAUUCAGGAGACCAUCGCCACCCUCACCGCCAUGGUGCCGUACGCUGCCAUGCAGUAUAACAGUGCGGCUAUGGGGCCGUACGCCGCUUACCCCGGACAAGGCAUGCGAAUGCCGCCGCCGCCGUUGGGUCAGCCGCCGCCGCCGUUGAGUCAGCCGCCGCCGCCGUUGAGUCAGCCGCCACCUGUGACUCAGCCACAAAUGAAUCAGCCACCGCCACCGACGCCUCCUUCAGUUGCCGUCGGUGCCACCUCGCAAGGUCCGCCGCCGUGUCCGCCGCCAGGUCCGCCGCCUGGUCCGCCGCCGGGUCCGCCGCCGGGUCCUCGGCCCUCUCCAACUGCCGCCGGACCGCCGCCCAAAGGAGUCGCCCCGGCCGGAUUGCGACCCGCGUGUCCUGUCAAUAUUCCGCCACCCAACUUCAACAGCAUUGGGGGCCCGAGAGCGAGCAACGCCGGAUUCAGCCAGCCCAUGCCGUUUGAGGGACCUCCGAGAUUCGAUCAGCGCUUUGAGCGUCCUCCUCUGUUCCAGCCACCUCCGCGCCGCUUUGACGCUCCGCCUCGGUUUACCCAACCGGGGACGCGCUUUGACGGAACAGCUCGAUUUGAUCAACCCCCGCCGCGCUUCGACGGACCGCCCCGUUUGAAGCAACCCGGCUCGCGUUUUGACGGUCCGCCCAGAUUUGACCAUCCGCCUCCGCCCCCUUUCGACAAGCGGUCUAGAUUCGACCAGCCCCCGAGACAGGCCGGCCCGCGGCCUCCCGCCGAAGGCCCCGCGGCUCCGCCGACGAGGCAGGAAGAGCCCCCGCCCCAAGCCAAACAAGGCCCCGCGCAAGCUGUCAGUGGGGAGUCUUUGUUAAAAUCGGUCGAACCGCCUCCGACUGACGAGCAAACGAGUAAAACCAAAUAUGGCCACGCGAGCGCUGACAUGACGGAUGACACGCUGGACGGUGUUGGAUUUUUUAUUCCCAACGAACCGAUUCCUCAAACCCAACUGACGAGCGCAGAGGAGGAGGAUUCCAUGGACAUUUGUAACUCGCCCAAACAAGUUGACGGCAAUCCGGCGCAGUCCGCCGCUACUCCGACGGAAUCCAAACAAGCUACCUCACAGGAUUAUGCCAAACCCAAAGGCUCUGCCCUAAACAACACCGCUUGCUCCGUUGCCUCCCAAAAACAAGAGGAGAAGCAAGCGCCUGCACAGUUGCAGUCGAGGCCGCAACGUGUGGGUCCUCCCCCGGCAAGAGGACGAGGUCUGCCCCCGGGACCCAUGCGAGGUCGCGGCGGAGGACGCGGGCAGAGGGGACGCGUGGACUUCAGCGGACAAAACAGCGGACCGCCUGAGAAGGAGUCGGACGAAAUGCGUCAUGAAUUUCUGCCUCCCGAGGAAGAAGAAUUUUACGAGGCGCCGGAGCAAGAGGACUACGAAUGGCAGGGGCCGCCGUACGAGGAGUUUGGCGGGGAGGCGCCUGAGGAAGCAGGUGAAGAAUUUUGGAUGCCGGAGGACCAUCACUUUGAGGAAGAGGAGGAGUAUUAUGAGGAACCAAUGCAAGGACCUCCUAGGAGGAGAGGUGCGCCGCUGAUGAGAGGGCGGCCGAUGACCCGAGGAGGUGCGCCGCUGGGUCUAGAAGGACCGCCUAUGGGAAGAGGAGGACCGCUCAUGGGAAGAGGUGGGCCGCCCAUGGGCAGGGGAGGUCCGCCCAUGGGAAGAGGAGGACCGCCCAUGGGCAGGGGAGGUCCGCCCAUGGGCAGGGGAGGUCCGCCCAUGGGUAGGGGAGGACCGCCCAUGGGCAGGGGAGGUCCGCCCAUGGGUAGGGGAGGACCGCCCAUGGGCAGGGGAGGACCGCCCAUGGGUAGGGGAGGACCGCCCAUGGGCAGGGGAGGACCGCCCAUGGGCAGGGGAGGACCGCCCAUGGGUAGAGGCGGCCCGCCCAUGGGUAUGCGGGAACCUAUGAACAGUGAAUGGGAAGAAACGGAGCCAGCCGAGUACCACGAUGAAGAGGAAUCUUGUUGGGGCAAUGGGGGUCCUCCAAUGAGAGGGAUGAGACCUCCGUUUCCGCCCGGCCGUGGUCGACGACCGCGCGGCCAUCCCGCUUUCGUGCCGGGGAGAGGACGCCCGCCGCACUUUGCGCACGGGCCACCGGAUGAAGAGUCGUUUGGCUACGGUAUGGACUCUGGCGACAUGGACGAGUCGGGUCCUUACAUGCACCGUGGUGAGGAUCCUCACAACUUGAUGCACUCGGCAAGAGGAAGAGGCAGAGGCAGAGGCAGGUGGCCGCCACCUCACAAAGACACGGAAGCCGGCGACGAAUCCUUUUAUCCAGACGAGAUGGAGUCCGAGCGGGAUUGGCGGCCGCCCUACGGCAGGCGUCCUCCCAUGCCGCACGAGAUCAUCGAAAGGGCCGGUCAAAUGAGAGGGGGGCCGAUGGGUCGGGGAAGGACAAGAGGUGCCGCGCGGCCGGGUGCGCCGCAAAGCCAAGAGGAAGAUGGAUACGAUUGCGCUUUCCUCGACGACUACGGCCGCGGAGAAGACGACCAUCAGCGGGGGCCGCCUCGCCUCGAUGACCCCCGACGCGACGGCAGGUUCUUUGACCCCGAAUGGGAAAGGAAGCGUUCUCCGCCGGCCAGGGACGAUCCGGCGCCGGCCCCGGAGCGUUACCGUGACGACGGCUGGCUGGAGGAAAGGCAUCCGUCGGAGGAGUAUGACCGUCGAAGAGUUUGCGAUUACAGCGAUGAAGCGGCAUCGCGAUCGGAAGAUCCGGCGCAUGCUCCGGAUUGGAAUCGCCUUUCUACAUUUGAGCCCCCGACGGAGCGAACCUUCACGCCCUUCCGCAGAGACGAACCCCCGCUUCAAAACGAACCCGGCGAAAACCCGCCGGCCAAUUCGGCCGACCAACGGGGAGGGAAUGUGCUCGCCCUUUCCCAGCGGCAGCACGAAAUCAUCUUAAAGGCCGCCCAGGAAUUAAAACGGCUGCGGGAACUGCAAGACGUGAAGACUGACGGCGCGCCUCGGCCGACGCUGGCCGACCCUUUGCCUGACCUCCCCGCCGGGCUCCUGGGUUUGGAGAUCCCCCCCGAAGUCAGAAACGCGCUCAAGGGCAUGAGCGCGCCCGUUCAAACGCAGUCUUGGGAUGCCAGCCCCGCCGCGUCUGCGCCUAGCGUCGUUCCCAAGACUGUGGAUUACGCCCACGGACACGAAGCCGGUACCACGGUGGAGAAGAUCGCUUACGGUGAGAGGAUUGUGCUGAGGCCCGACCCGGACAGGGGAUACGAAAAAGAACCCCUGCGCGAUCCUUACGGCAGAGAUCCCUAUUACGACAGACGAGCCGACCCCUACCCGGACCGCCGCGAGUACAGCCGAGAGAGAGAAUUCUACCGAGAAAAACCUGCGGCGGAAUACGAAAGGGAACGAUUCGGAAGGGAACGAUACCCUCCGAGGGAUCGAGACGAAAGCGCACUAAUGAUGCUUGACGAAAGGCCCCCUCAUCGUCCGGGCUACCGGGAAAGAGAGCACGACCUUCGAGAGAGGGACCGCAGCGGCAGCCGCGAUCGGGAGGAUCCCUUCGGCAGGCCCGCCUACGAAAGGCCCCCCUACGAGCGCCCGGGACACGAGCGGCUCGGCCCCGAGCGCUACGGCCACGGCUCCUCCCCGUUUGACCGGAGAGGUUACCCGGAGGAGCGCGGGCCCCCCUCCGCACUGCCGCUCGCACCCCCGCCGCAGCCGGUGCCGCCCGUGGAGAAGAAGCCCGAGAUCAAAAACGUGGACGAUCUUCUCAAACCCCCCGGCAGGCUGUCGCGGCCCGAGAGGAUUGUCGUCAUCAUGAGGGGCCUGCCGGGGAGCGGAAAGAGCCACGUUGCAAAGCUCAUACGAGAUAAGGAGGUGGACUGCGGCGGCGCCCCGCCCAGAGUUCUGGUUUUGGACGACUAUUUCAUGACCGAGGUUGAGAAGAUCGAGAAAGACCCCGAUACGGGCAAAAGGGUCAAAAGGAAGGUUCUCGAGUACGAGUACGAGCCGGAGAUGGAGGACACCUACCGCAGCAGCAUGCUGAAGACCUUCAAGAAGACUUUGGACGACGGAUUUUUCCCUUUCAUCAUCCUGGACACCAUCAAUAACCGGGUCAACCACUUUGAUCAGUUCUGGAGCGCCGCCAAGACCAAAGGCUUUGAGGUCUACAUUGCCGAAAUCGCGGCCGACGCCCACACCUGCGCAAAGAGAAACGCCCACGCGCGCACGCUGAAGGACAUCGCCAAGAUGUCCAACGGCUGGGAGUCCACGCCUCGCCACAUGGUGCGCUUGGAUGUGCGAGCCCUGCUGCAGGACGCCGCCAUCGAGGAGGUGGAAAUGGAAGACUUUGACCCCGAGGAUGAGCCCGAGGAAGCCAAGAGAGAGGAGGAGGAAGAGGGCGAUCUGGGCUACAUUCCAAAAAGCAAAUGGGAGAUGGACACGUCGGAAGCAAAACUGGACAAGCUGGACGGUCUGGGGAGCGGCAGCAAGAGGAAGCGCGACGGCGAUCACGUGGCGGGCCUGGAGGACUUCCUUCAGCUGCCCGACGACUACGCCACCCGCAAGUCCCAGCCGGGAAAGAAAAGGGUGCGAUGGGCCGAUCUGGAGGAGCAAAAGGACGCCGAUCGCAAGCGGGCCAUCGGCUUCGUGGUGGGACAAACCGACUGGGAGAAAAUCACCGACGAUAGCGGCCGGCUGGCGCAGAAAGCCCUCAACCGGACUAAAUAUUUCUGAAAGAUCAUCUUGAAGCCCUUUUGUUCUCCACAAAGGUCUCGGAACAGUAAAAACACGAGACUCUUCAAUCAAUUCUUGAUUUUUCUUUGACGAGGACAGCUCCACUUUUUUUUUUUUUUUUUUAAAUAGGUUUAGGUCAUCCUUCAAGUAGUUGUUGUGUAUUCGGAUGUGAUUUCUUGAUGUUUUAUAUCUGUAAGCCGUCGCUUUGUCAAACCGCGUCGACUGUCGGAAAACAAUAAAAAUUUCACACACUCAAA